GAAGAGGAAGAAAUGAAAUUCAUGGCCCGGUACGAAGUAGCGCAGUCGCCACUUGAACAGCCCCCAGCGGCCGGCUCUGGUGCGAUCUCUCCAGCGCCAGCACCUCAAAGUAAGCGGACGCGAACAGCCAUCGCCGCCGGCGGCGUUUCCUGCGCCCUCUCGCUUUCCGUGGCCGCCUUCGUCAUCAUCUGGCUCUCGGCUCGGCUGACCGCCAUGCGGCGCAAUGACACCGUCCUCCGGGAGACGCCGUUCUGCUGCCCCCGCGAGGCGGCCGAACUGUUCGCCGUCAUCGACAACCAGGCGGCGCCCUGCGAGGACUUCUUCGCCUACGUCUGCAAGAACGCCGUCGGCCAAUACGUAACACAGCGGAACGUUGAGCACGACGUUUUGUGGGACAUCGAUGCGCACAUCCUCACGGGCACCUCAAACUACAGUGUGAAAGCCGCUCCAGCACUUCAGGCAUUGUACACAUCGUGCGUCACUGAGAUAUGGCAGCCAGAUCUGCGACUGAGAGACACCCUGGCGGCCGUUUUUGAAAUCGCCAACACCACGAAGCGCAUGAGCCACGCCCAACUUCUACGCUUUGCCUUGGAAGUCCAGACACGGUACGACCUCGCUUUCUACUUCUCUGUUUACGACGACCACGGUGACAUCUACUUCACAAGGAACCUGCUCCGGGUCGCGGCCUUCAGACAUUUUUGCGACGACGCCUGUUAUUCCACCGUCCUGUCCGCAUUUAACGCGCACUUCGGCGCUAACCUCACUAAAGAACAAAUAGCCGCAUGGGAGCAGCUGUUUACUGACGACCACACACAACCAGACUUCAUCGCUUGGGACGAGAUUUCCGCGGUUUUCGGAGGCAUGGAAGCGGAGCAGUUCAAGGCCAUAUUGCGCGAGUUCUUUACCUACGUCGACACCGCGAACUCGGUAAUUGUGUUAUCCAAGCCGGAGCUGUUCGCCGACAUAGCGCGUUUUUGGAACGUCGCAAAUCAGCCCCUGUCGCUGUGUCACGCACUGAUCGUCGUCGCACUCAGUGCCCUGGAAUGGAUCGUCUUCGGAGACGCAGCGUUAAACUCGCCCGGGCUGCGUAGCGCAGACGUCUGCGAGCUUCACCUCCGCGGAAACCAGCAGUUGUGGAGGGCCACUUACGUCGCGGCCCUCACGAGCCCCGACAAGGACCGCCAACUGCGCAAAAUCUUCGAGGCGACAAGGCAGAGCUUCGUCCGUUACGAGCCGCUUCGACAGCUCGUGGCAACCGGAAACGACACGGCGAACUUCGAGGAUCUAAUGCGGAGCCUCACUCUCAUGCUUCCGGGAGACCUCGUCCUGCCGGAAAUGGCCGUGCCCGCGUUGAACAACAGUGGUUUCGUGCGCAACAUCUUCCGCUUGACGAGCUUCGAAUACGACGUAAGAGUGGAGAAGGAGCGACGAGGAAUGCCUGCCCUCGCCGAGAGUUUCCUCGAGUCUGCGGCUGAACGAAUGCUGUUUGUAAACAAGAGCACCCUCUACGUGACUGCGCCUGCGUACACCUGGCUGAGCGCCGGCACCGCCAAUCCUCUUCUCGCGGAUGCGCCGGUGAUUGCGAGCCGCAUGGCGUACUGGAUGUGGAGAAACGUCCGCGAUUGGAGUGGCUGGUCGACAAGGACACAGAGCGCCCUACACUCCUUUCAGGAAUGCGUGCAGAAGUCAGAGAGGCUGUCCAUGUACGACUACAAGGACGACCUGUUUGCGCUGACCAUGGGCCUGAGGAUAGCCGCGAGUGUCGCAGCCUCGAGCACUGCCGGCGGGGAUCCCGCAAGGACCGAGUGGUUUCGAACGAAACUCGCCUGGAGCCUGUACCGCAUGUCCGAGGCGCAGUUCUUCUACGCCCGUUACGCCUACUUCCGAUGCAGCAGAGACGACAGCCGCGGUUGGGUGAAUGGGCCUACCAGGCACAGCGCCGACUUCUCAAUCGCGUUCAAAUGCCAGCCGAUGAGCAACGUCGGGAAUGAGAGCGGCUGCUCCGACUUUGCGAAAACGCGCGGCACUUUGUGACAUCGAAGUGUCGCCGCUGAUACCUUGUUAGCAUCAUUUUGAGGACUGGCACAAGCCGCUUCUUCCAGCUGCCACCGCGCGACGUUCCAAACUUGACGAUAGAUUUUCGAGCUACUGAAACUUCACAUGUUUUGUUUCUUAUCGUUCCGCUCAAUCCAGCGAAUCUAUUUCCUGAGGACGCAAACUUCAAUAGUCAUUCGAAGAUUACUCGACUUUAACUCGUGAUCUAUCAGCCUAGUGAUCUAACUUGUUUCUGUUACUCAUUAAGUUUGACUGAUAGGGUCUCCAACCAUGUGUCGACGUUUCUCCCUUUGCCAAAGUGCUUUGGCAAUAUGACAUUUUGGCGACAUCUAGGUCAUUAGGGCCACGUUUCUAUAUCAUUUGCUUUACCGUUUUCGUAAACUUUCGAGAAAACUCCUGAAUAUAUCCAAUUACAUAUUACACUCAUUUGUGUAA